UUGCAAUGUUGACAUCAUGUUCAAAAAAAUUCUCAAUGAGCAGAAUCUCAAAAAAAUUUUAAAAGGCAAAAACGUUCCUGCAGUCAUAUUAAAUCCAAAGCGGACUCCAUAAGUCUACAAGCGGCUUAUCAACUGGUCAAGACGUCUUUAGUUUAUCUCCGUAUUCCAGUCUAAAUACAAAACCUAUGCCGAAAGCUCACAACCACGCCUUCAGUUCGGCUCACACAAAUGUUAAACGGAGCGUUCCUACGAUCAAGUCAAUCGGAACAGAAUACAGAAGCCUUACAAAUGGCUCUCCUACCGAUCAAAACUCCCCUUCCAGCUACAGAUUCCCGACGGAGUUGACUCCCGAAAUGAAAUACUGGCUUACAAUGCCAUGCGUUAUCACAUCCAUUUCCCGGAAAAUGAUAGAAAACUGUUAUUACAGUCCUAUCGAAUGCUCAUUCAUGAGCCUGAAAGAUGUGUUAUCGAUCUUUCAAGGUGUAGGUAUGAUACAGCUGCGUGGGGUCGAUCACGGGCGACAUUGGCAAGUAAAUUACGCACCUAUUAUUGGCCAUUCAACGUUACGAACAAAUAUAAUUAGAGAAAUCUUGUUCAAAGAAAGCAAUUAUCGUAUAAAAUACUUGGAUUUCCAUAACCCAUGGGAUAGGCUGGCCAUGUUUCGACACACAUUUCCCUGAGGUCGCGCAAUGCCGUCCCCCACAACUGCCCCACCGAGGUGGCACAUCAGCUACAACGCUGUUUAAUGUCGCUUUUUACAUAUGAUUUUAUUCCUGCGCAUUCGGUGAUCCGCGUUGCCGUGAUAUAUAUAUUGAAAGCAGUCACCGUGUACGAUUGGUCGUCGGCAUAGUGGAGGAAUGUGGUAAAGUCGUAUCAAGCAAGAACUGUUUUGUAGAGAGGCACGACAUAAUGUGUUCAAAAUUAGGCUCAGCAUAAACAAUUUCUAUGACCCUUUUCCUUUCUUCUUGUUCCCGCUGUAAUAUUGGGUGGUGAGUUUGGAUAGUCAUUGGUAAAAAAAAAAAAAAAAAAAAAAA